CCCUGUGACGUCAGGGAUGCGAUGGAGUAAAAGAAGCUCGCGCUGGGCGGUGAGAAAGAGAGCACGCACACAGAGACUCAUAUCAACAACACAAGAUGGGCAACGUUCAACCCACAAUAACUCCUUUUGAGGACUUUGAUGUGGUGGCAGAUAUCAAGGCUAUCCGUAAAGCCUGCAAAGGAAUGGGGACAGAUGAGGAGACCAUUAUCUCCAUUCUAGCAAACCGCUCUGCAGCUCAGCGGAUGGAGAUUAAAAAAGCAUACUUUGAAAAAUAUGAUGACGAGUUGGAGGAAGUGUUGAAGGAUGAACUCACAGGAAACUUUGAAAAUGCCAUCGUGGCCAUGCUGGAUCCGCCCCACAUCUUAAUGGCUAAAGAACUGAGGAAAGCCAUGAAGGGUGCAGGCACGGAUGAGGACGUGCUGGUAGAAAUCCUCUGUACCAGCACCAAUCAGGAUAUUUUAAAUUGCAAAGAGGCAUAUGCGCAAGUGUAUGAACGAGAUCUGGAGGCUGACAUUGAAGAUGACACUAGUGGAGAAGUGAGGAAUCUUAUGGUGUCUCUCUUACAGGCCAACAGGGAUGAGUCUUAUGAAGUGGAUGAGGGACUGGCUGAGCAGGAUGCUACAUCAUUAUUUGAAGCAGGGGAAGGUCGCUUUGGAACAGAUGAGUCCACUUUCACCUACAUCCUCACUCACAAGAACUACCGACAGCUUCAGGCCACCUUCAAGAUAUAUGAAACUCUCUCUGGGACAGAUAUUCUGGAUGCUAUAGACAGUGAAGCUACAGGAACUUUGAAAGACUGUUACAUUACCUUGGUGAGAUGUGCUAAAAACCCGCAGCUGUAUUUUGCUCGUCGCCUGAAUGCUGCAAUGAAGGGAGCAGGAACUGAUGAGGAUACACUCAUACGAAUUAUUGUAGGACGCUCUGAGGUGGAUUUGGAGACCAUAAAGGACAUGUACUUGGAGAAAUACGAUGUUACCUUAAAGGAUGCCCUGAGCUCAGAGUGUGGCGGUGACUUUAAGCGGCUCCUGUUAGAAAUACUUCACUGAGUUACCAACAGGUGGAGCCAGAGAGUCAACAAGUAACCUUACUUGAUAUAAAAAUGCACUGACAACACUGCCUAUGAAAACUAUACAAUCUGUUAAAAUCUCCUCUUUCUGUACAGAGGGAUCACAGACUAGCUCAUUUAGUCAUACAUGCUUUUUGUAAUUGUCUAAGACCAUGGUUUCAUCACAUGUAUUUUACAAAUGAAAAACCACAAAAGCAUCUCACAACAUUGUCAUAACAUUCUGUUUUGACAACCAAGAUUUUUACUGCAGUGAAUUUGACCUCUGCUUUAACUCACUACAUGUGCCUUAAAGUGUUAGAACAUCAUGACAUUCAGUGUUCAGCAUUUAUUUUACAGAACAAACCACGAAGGGUGAUUCCUUCAUUUAAUAAACUCUUUUACAGGUUCUCUUCUUUGUAUGUUGUCAAGUUAUCCAUAAACCAAAUAUGUACAUGUAUAAUGUUAGAAGUCUUUAGUACCUGCUAAUAUCAAAACAUAUAAUCUAAUCAUAUCAUAAUAUUAAGAGCUGCUAUAUGAAGAGCAAAGAUGGUCAGUACUUUAGUCUUUGAUUAUGCUUUUUAACACCGGACAUUUACCGUUUUUAACCAGCAGUUGUUGUACAAUUGUUAAUUUUAAUAUUCUAAAGCAACAGCAUGACUUUAUUAUUGCAAUGCUUCAAUAUAUUUAUUUUUUAAAUAAUGUUUAAAGGACUGUAGAUAGAUGAAACUGGUGAAAAAUGUUGGAUUAGGGACCAUUAUAGAGGCAAAUAAAUCGAUUCAUUACAAAGUAUGUUAAAUUAGAAUAAACACACUUUUGUUUGAUGCAUGUACUUCUUAUGGGAUUAUAAAAUAAAUAACAAAAAUAAAUUUG